CACUUUCUCUUCUUUUUAAUUUUUUUUUGUUCUUCUUUUUCUUCAACCCCUCUAUUCGCAAAGGAAGCAACGGAAUCGAUUCUGUUCAGUUUUCCUCGUUUUGAGUUUAAAUUCACAGUAUUUUGAGGAAACAAAUUAAAGGGUAAUCGCUCGCUUAAUCCACCGAGCUCAAUUCCCACAUCCCCACAAAAAAAAAAUCAACAAAAUCAGAUUUGGUGAAGAAGAGAGUGUGAUUUGAUGAUUAUGAAUUGAAGUUUGAGGUGGAGACAUGAACGUGAGCCAUGCUUCGGUUCAUCCAGUUGAAGAAGCUCCAACGACUGAAGGUGGUGGUGCUGACCAAAACGUCAACGCUCCUAGGGUGAGGAUGAAGGAUAUCCAAGGCAUGCCCGGCACUGCCGGUGGCCUGUCUCUGCGUGUUUCUCAGUUUGUUUUCGCUGCUGCUGCACUCUCCAUCAUGGCAUCCACUAGUGAUUUCCCUUCUGUCACUGCUUUCUGUUACCUUGUUGCUGCUGCUGGCUUGCAGGCUAUGUGGAGCUUUUCAUUGGCUAUUACUGAUGUAUAUGCCCUUUUAGUAAGGCGUUCUUUGCAGAACUAUCGAAUUGUCAGUUUGUUUACAAUUGGUGACGGGGUCACUUCUACCCUUACAUUUGCAGCAGCCUGUGCAUCAGCAGGCAUCACAAUCCUCAUUGAUAAUGAUCUUGGUAAUUGUUCACAGAACCACUGUGUGCAGUUUGAAACAGCUACAGGCAUGGCCUUCAUUUGUUGGUUCACCACAGUGCCAUCUUUUCUCCUGAACUUCUGGUCCUUAGCAUCACGGUAAUUAAAAACAGUAACACACAGAAACAUGGACAGCUUGUAAAGUUAAUGUUGGUGUCAGGGGUUUGGCUGUUUUGUUUUUCACCUGUCAAAGUUUUCUAUGCUUCAUGCCAUGUGGUAGCACCAAAUGGUUGCGUUUACUGUCUUCCACCAAACAUUCAAACCAGAAAUUGGCUCAGUGAGUCAUAUUUGGCAGUGGAGUGAGUAAACAGGACUAAUAUGAUUAGUGCAUACAAUGUAGUAGUAAUAUGCAUGGUGUAAAGAAACAGAUUUGAUAUGAACAUGGUGGGGUUUCUGUUUGUGGAAAUGUGUGUAGUCAGACAGUACACAGUUUUGUUCUGUUAAAAUGAUUUUUUUUUACAGUUAUUAGUCACUUUUAACUAUAUAUUUUUUCUGUAAUUGAAUAUCAUUUGUUUUUCUAGAAA